UUCGGGCUUGGGAAGGAAAGCCAUAGGGCACCCAAUUAAGCUGCAUUUUCAGAGACUCAAGCUUUGACAAAAGCUAAGAGUCAGGAACAAGGGAACAACAGAGCAGUGAGCCCAUCAGCAGUGAAAGCGUGAGGCUGUAAUUACUGCAGCUUUGAAACUCAGCGGGGCAAGUCCAGAUUCCUCCAAAGGAAGAGUCUUUGUCACCAGGCCCGCCAAAAAUGCUGAAAAAGACCCUCUCGGCUGUGACCUGGCUCUGCAUUUUCAUCUUGACCUUUGUGAGUCACCCUGUGUGGCCACAGAAGCCCCCUAAGCGCAAGACACCUGCGCAGCUCAAAGUGGCCACCUGCUGUGAGGAGGUGGGGGAGCUCAAGGCUCAAAUUGCCAACCUAAGCGGUCUGUUGAGUGAGCUGAGCAAGAAGCAGGAGAAGGAUUGGGUCAGCGUGGUCAUGCAGGUGAUGGAACUGGAGAGCAACACCAAGCGCGUGGAGUCGCGGCUCACCGAGGCCGAGAGCAAGUACUCUGAAAUGAACAACCAGAUCGACAUCAUGCAGCUGCAGGCAGCGCAGACCCUCACACAGACCUCGGCAGAUGCCAUCUACGACUGCUCGUCCCUCUACCAGAAGAACUACCGCAUCUCUGGCGUGUACAAGCUUCCUCCCGAUGACUUCCUGGGCAGCCCUGAGCUGGAGGUGUUCUGUGACAUGGAGGUGGAAGGUGGCGGGUGGACCGUCAUUCAGAGACGAAAGAGCGGCCUCGUCUCCUUCUACCGGGACUGGAAGCAGUACAAGCAGGGCUUUGGCAGCAUCCGUGGGGACUUCUGGCUGGGGAAUGAACACAUCCACCGGCUCUCCAGGCGGCCAACCCGGCUGCGCGUGGAGAUGGAGGACUGGGAGGGCAACAGGCGUCACGCCGAGUACAGCCACUUUGUUUUGGGCAACGAACAGAACAGCUAUCGCCUCUUUCUGGGGAACUACAGUGGCAACGUGGGGAAUGACGCCCUCAUCUAUCAUAACAACACAGCCUUCAGCACCAAGGACAAGGACAAUGACAACUGCUUAGACAAGUGCGCUCAGCUGCGCAAAGGUGGAUACUGGUACAACUGCUGCACAGACUCCAACCUCAACGGAGUCUUCUACCGCCUCGGGGAGCACAACAGGCACCUGGAUGGCAUCACCUGGUACGGCUGGCAUGGCUCCACCUACUCCCUCAAGCGGGUGGAGAUGAAAAUCCGCCCUGAAGACUUCCAGCCCUGAAAGGAGGCCUGCUGUGGAGCAGGGCUGGAGAAGCGGGGACGAACGGAGGCUGGGCAGGGCUGGGAAGGGGAGAGGCAGGAAGGGGAUGGAUGAAAAGCAGCCUAUUGUCUCCGGUGAGAGAGUGAGUCUCUGAGGAGCACAAGACACUUAUAUGCACCCAGGAUGUUACAGUGAACGGGAUAAAGUAUUUGAACACAAUGGGUCCUGACACGUACUUCUCGGGGGGCUGGCCUGAGUGGGCUCUCUCUGCCUUGAUCCCUGACACAGCAGCAGCUUCUCUCUUUUCCACAUGAUUUUUCUAUGAAAAAGAUCAUUGUGAGAUGACUUUAUCCAUUUUCUAUUAGGCCUAAGGUUAGGUGAGGGCAGAUAGCAAGUCCCUUUGCUAAACAGAACCAUGAACUUUGAUUCUCAAGGAGAGACCCUGGGUGUUCAAGAAAGGAGUGAAAGGGGGUAGGGGGAGAGAGGAGUUUCUGUUUUUAAAUACAAUGAAAUUACCUUCAGUCUUCACAUGAAAAAAAAAAAAAGAGAGACAAAAAUUGUUCUGCCGGAGGCGGGCUGACCCAGGAUGGCCGUCAUUGGAGGAAGACCCGGCGCUGGGCGCCUCCCCGGCAGGGCCCUGACAGCGGGAGGUGGGUCUGGGGAUGGCCAGGGAGCGCCAGGGGGAGGUGGCAGUAAGUUCCCGUGUGGAUACUCGCGCAAAACUGCCUGAAACUAUUCACAGUUUACAGAUUUACCUUUUUUACUUUGAAAGAAAAGAGCUUGAAGAGCUUCUGCUUCUGUCUACAAAAGCUGGCUGGAAAAC